AUGAAUCCCCAAACCCCCUCAGGACCCCAGUACCCAGGAUACACCCUCCGCACGCACAGACCAGGGGAUAUAGGCUGGAUAAUCCACCGACACGCAACACUAUACGAAAAAGAACAAGGCUGGGGCACAAAAAUGGAAGCACUAGUAUGCAAAGUGGGUUCAGAAUUCCUCGACAACUACGACGCAUCCACAGACCGGUGCUGGAUCGCCGAGCGCAACGACGAGUUCCUUGGCUGUAUAGUUCUUGUUCGAGACAGAGACGCCGUCAACACGGCCAAACUGCGUCUCCUACUUGUUGAGCCCGGCGCGCGGGGCCUUGGGCUUGGCCGUGCUUUGAUCGAGCAGUGUACGCGGUUUGCGCGCGAGACGGGGUAUGCCCGGAUUCGGCUUUGGACGCAGAAUGUUCUUGUUUCGGCAAGGAGGUUGUAUACGAAGGAGGGGUAUCGGCUUGUUAGUUCUGAGGAUUAUGGGGUUUUUGGGGAAGGGCAUUUUGGGGAGUGUUGGGAGUUGGUUUUGUGA